AUGAAAAGUGUUGUGAUUGUUCUGUUUUGGUUUACAUAUUUUCAUGGAGACGCGUCAAAAGCAAGUGCUACUAAAAUGUUACAAAUAGACGGUCUUAAAAAUGAAAACAUAUUGGACAAUAGAGGGUCAGAAAGUAUUUUUUAUAAAUUUACAAAUAAUGAAGUGUUAAUUUUGACGUGUCGCAGGAACCAAAGACCAACUUACGGCACAAUACGCUUAUCAUGGUAUAAAAGUGGUGUUAGAGUGAGUAGCACCAUUAAAGAUAAACUAGAACAAAAGUUCAUUUUAAAUGAAUUUGACGCUGAUUUAACUCUCGAAUGUCAACUUAAUAAAGAGACUUCUCAAAACUUCAAUGAAGAUAAUCUACAAUAUCAGGAGCGGAAAGAGAUCAAACUAAAGUAUGAGAAGUAUAUACCUUCUAGUGCUGAGCCGGAAACAGAGAUAUCACCUCGUUUAGAAAUAACGUUAAAGGAAAAAAAUAUUGUAUGUGGGAUCAUCACUUUGAUAGUAAUCAUUAUAGCCUUUUUAUUGAUUUUUAUAAUGCUAAAAAUAUAUAAAUCUAAGGAGAAAAAACGUAUACGUACGGCGAAACCGACUUUAAAUAUGAGGUAUUCAACUUCUAGAGAUGCUCAUUUUGAAGAUCCCAAUUUUGAAGAAUUGAACGUUUAUAGCAUUCCCUACAGUGAAGCUGGGAAAGUUUAUUCUGUGCCAAUACAACCUAUUGAAACUAACAAAACUUUAAAUACCACUGGCUACAACAAAUUUACCAAAAAUAAUUACCAUGAAUACGAAAACAAAUACCAAAAUCAAUACAACUAUGUUAAUCAAAAUAUAUCACUUCCAAAAGACGCUGCAAAUAUUUGUGAUGUAAAUAUUAAUAAUUUUAAGUCCAAUUUAUAUUCAAUU